AUCGUAAUGUGGAUUCAUAUUUUUGUUUGCUCACUCAUAAAUUUUAGUUGGUGAGCUAUGACGUCUCAUUUUUGUUGAUACUUCCUGAAAGGAAAAACAUGUGCUUGAAAGUACCUGUCUCUGUCUGUAAGGUUUUUAAUUUUAGAAUUACUUGGCUUUUGGUGAAUUGAACAACUAGUUUUGAAGGAAGAAGGAGAAUGCUAACUCCAUUCUUGAACUCUCUGUCAAUCUCUAAUCAAGUGGAAACUUUUUUUGCUAGAUUAGCAUUAACUAGACACUUGUUUUCUAGAAAUAUAUGUUACAUGAAAUGUUGUUGAAAAUCAUAUCCACAGACAUCAUUUUGUUACUCCCAUAGAGGUGAAGAAUUUGAAUGGAUUCCCUUUGUCAUUUUUUCUUGGUGUGUAAAGGAAGCACUUGAAGAAGGUCCCAUGAUGUUAUUUGCAACUGAUAGAAUAAAGAAAAAACACAUUUCGUUUCAUGGAAUAAAUGUGGUCUUCUUUAUAACUUGUUGGCUACUUCUCAAGUUUAGGAAUUCAUCUUUUCGUUAUCCAUCAUGACUGGGAAGCAUCUUAUGAUUUGAGUUGAAUUUUAUAUUGUUUAGUGUGAACGAAGUGGAGUAUUUUGUGGUUUCUUAUCCAAAAGAAAGAGAGAGAGAGAGAGAGAGAGAUGGGUAAUACUGUGGCAACUUAUUCAGAUUCAUAGGGCUGGAAAAGAUAUAAUAUUUAUACAUGAAGAGUUCUGUGCAAAAAUACUCACCUUUGGAUUGGUUGGUCUAUUUUGAUGAAGAAAAGGAUGUCUCCAUCCCUAAUUCAAAUGAUGUCUUUCAUGUAUACAUGGCAGGAACAGAAGGACCAGUGGUUUUUUGCCUGCAUGGUGGUGGAUAUUCUGGACUUUCAUUUGCUUUAUCAACUAGUAAAAUUAAGGAGAAAGCUCGGGUGGUUGCUAUGGACUUGAGAGGACAUGGAAAAUCAUCCUCAGAAAACGAUCUAGACCUCUCUGUUGAGACUAUGUGCAAUGACGUUUUGGUUGUUAUAAAGGAAAUGUAUGGAGAAUCCUCUCCUGCAAUUGUGCUUGUUGGCCACAGCAUGGGAGGUUCAGUUGCCGUGCAUGUUGCUGCAAAGAAAACAUUGCCUACCUUGGCUGGGCUGGUUGUUGUGGAUGUUGUAGAGGGAACAGCUAUGGCUUCAUUGAUCCGUAUGCAGAAAAUCCUAUCAAGCAGAAUGCAGCACUUUUCAAGCAUUGAAAAAGCGAUUGAAUGGAGUGUCAAAGGAGGUGCUUUGAGAAAUACUGACUCUGCUCGUGUUUCAAUCCCUUCAACAUUAAAGUAUGAUGAUUCAAAGAAGUGUUAUGUCUACCGAACACAAUUGGAAGAAACUGAACAAUAUUGGAGAGGCUGGUAUGAAGGGCUUUCAGAGAAAUUUCUGUCAUGUCCAGUCCCAAAGCUGUUGCUGUUAGCAGGAACAGACAGACUGGACAGACCUCUCACAAUUGGGCAAAUGCAAGGAAAAUUUCAAAUGGUGGUUGUGAGACAUACUGGGCAUGCUAUACAGGAAGAUGCUCCUGAGGAAUUUGCAGCACUAAUACUCAAUUUUAUAUCUCGAAACCGAAUUGGCCCCCAUGGAGUUGAGAUACCUGGACUCCGUCAGCCAUUGCAGACACAUUCUCAACAAUGAUAAACCUCUGCAUACAUUGCUAAGAACCCUCUCUCUCUCUCUUUUGCUCUCUCUCCACUAUUUUCACACCUUGCAGGUGGCUCAAGCUUGGUUGCCAAGUGGCCUCACUGGUCGCAGCUUGGCUGCAGAGCAGGCCUAACUUGAUCCACUUCCAAUAAUGGUUGUAUUUCUCCAACUACAGUUACCACCAUCAAAACUAUCACAACAGAUGCCCCAAACACUCAUUGAAUCAAUACUCAGUCUGUUUGUUUUGAAGAGUUUUGUCAAGAAUAUUUCAAAAUUGGUUGUUGCUCUCAAUGUCAUGUUAGAAAUCUUGAGUAUUUUCUUUUUAUGGAAGCAAAAUUGAAACA